GAGCCGGGCCUCGGCGGCGAGAGGCCGGCAAAGGCUGUCUCCCUGCGCUGGCGGACGGGUUGGGGGGCGGCGGAAGGGCUCGUGCCGGUUGCUGUGGCCAUGUCCGUGUCUGCAGGGGGCCUUGGCCCCGCGACUCAGCGGCCCCAGGCCGAGCCCGGCCGGACACCCCCACCCCCCCGGGGGUCCGGCGGAGAGCAGUGACCUGCACCCUGUGUGCGUCCUGGGCCCUCCCGAAGAAACAGGAGAGCCCAAAGGAUGGCUGCUGAUAUGCAGAGGAAGAGAAGCAGCGAAUGCCCUGAUGGCACUUUGGCUCCUUCUGAUGGACAGAAUGUGGAGAGGGCAGAGAGCCCCACCCCAGGAAUGGCCCAGGGGAUGGAGCCAGGUGCUGGGCAGGAGGGUGCCAUGUUCGUCCAUGCCCGUUCCUACGAGGACCUGACUGAGUCAGAGGAUGGGGCAGCUUCUGGGGACAGCCCCAAGGAGGGUGCCGGGGGUCCCCCACCACUGCCUGCAGACAUGCGCCAGAUCAGCCAGGACUUUAGCGAGCUCAGCACCCAGCUGACGGGUGUGGCCCGUGACCUGCAGGAGGAGAUGCUGCCAGGAAGCUCUGAGGACUGGCCAGAACCCCCGGGGGCAGCUGGGCGAGCCGCCACGGAGCCCCCGCGGGAAGGCACAGACGAGGGGGAUGAGGAGGACGCUGCGGAGGCCUGGCGCCUGCACCAGAAGCACGUCUUCGUGCUGAGCGAGGCAGGGAAGCCUGUGUACUCCCGCUAUGGGUCUGAGGAGGCACUCUCCAGCACUAUGGGGGUCAUGGUGGCCCUGGUAUCCUUCCUGGAGGCAGACAAGAACGCCAUCCGCUCCAUCCAUGCAGAUGGCUACAAGGUAGUAUUCGUGCGCCGGAGCCCCCUGGUGCUGGUGGCGGUGGCCCGCACGCGGCAGUCAGCCCAGGAGCUUGCGCAGGAGCUGCUCUACAUCUACUACCAGAUCCUGAGCCUGCUCACCGGGGCGCAGCUGAGCCACAUCUUCCAGCAGAAGCAGAACUACGACCUGCGGCGCCUGCUCUCCGGGUCAGAGCGCAUCACCGACAACCUGCUGCAGCUCAUGGCGCGAGACCCCAGCUUCCUGAUGGGGGCGGCGCGCUGCCUGCCUCUGGCUGCGGCCGUGCGCGACGCCGUGAGUGCCAGCCUGCAACAGGCACGCGCACGCAGCCUGGUCUUCUCCAUCCUGCUGGCCCGCAACCAGCUCGUGGCCCUGGUGCGCCGCAAGGACCAAUUCCUGCACCCCAUUGACCUGCACCUGCUGUUCAACCUCAUUAGCUCCUCCUCCUCCUUCCGUGAGGGCGAGGCCUGGACGCCUGUGUGCCUGCCCAAAUUCAACGCGGCCGGCUUUUUCCACGCACACAUCUCUUACCUGGAGCCUGACACCGACCUCUGCCUGCUGCUGGUCUCCACCGACCGUGAGGACUUCUUUGCCGUCUCUGACUGCCGCCGACGCUUCCAGGAGCGCCUUCGCAAGCGCGGAGCUCACCUGGCACUGCGGGAGGCGCUGCGCACGCCCCAUUACAGUGUGGCGCAAGUGGGCGUCCCUGACCUGCGUCACUUCCUCUAUAAGUCAAAGAGCUCAGGACUCUUCACCAGCCCUGAGAUUGAGGCCCCGUAUACCAGUGAGGAAGAGCAGGAGCGGCUGCUGGGCCUCUACCAGUACCUGCACAGCCGCGCCCACAAUGCCUCCCGCCCACUCAAGACCAUCUACUACACGGGCCCCAACGAGAACCUCCUGGCCUGGGUGACAGGCGCCUUUGAGCUCUACAUGUGCUACAGCCCCCUGGGGACCAAGGCGUCAGCUGUCAGUGCCAUCCAUAAGCUGAUGCGCUGGAUCCGCAAAGAGGAAGACCGCCUCUUCAUCCUCACGCCCCUCACCUAUUGAUGGGAAUGCCUGGGAAGCCAUGGGAGCCUACAGAUGGGGCUGGCCUCUCUUGCCCAGCCAGCAGGCAGGGACUGUGGUUGGUGUGUGCAUUAAAGUGCUUUGGGGAAGACA